GACCAACAAGUUCUCCCCAGUCUGAGGGAGGCCCUCACGCAGCGCACACAACGACGUGUGCCGCCCCGCAGUCCCCGCUGCUGCUGUGUGCCCCGAGAGUGUGUGUGUACGAGUGAGUGUGUGACAGUCGGCGGCACCCUUCGAAGUGCUGUAGUGUUGGUCUCAGGCCUUGCGAACACGGCCCAUAACCCAUUCUACUACUACCACAGUGUAUUUUGAAUGACCUCGAUGGUGGGUGGGUUGUUGAUGGUAGUACGUGCUGUGUUGUAUGUGACAUCAUCCACUUAGGGAGAUUGAAGAAGGUGGUCAGGUCAAUCCUCCGCCUCCACCUCCACCUUUGAGAUCGCCGUCUUAUGAGUAUACUGUGUGACGCCUUCACCUUUUCGUAUGAAACCCACAAUUGGUUGAUACGCCCAAGACAUCGUCGUCUCAGGUCGUGAAAAAAGUCGCCGUCAUUUCGACCUGGCUUGGAACAUGCCGCACGCCCAUCUGUUCAGCUUCUGAAUUUCCUGUCACUUCGCCUUCUGCCUCUGCUGGUUCUGCUGACUUCGCCUUUGCUGACCAUCGGCUUCGCCUGCAACUCGUGAAAGUGGCAGCGUCCGAAGGUGGUUCUGGCCCGGAGGUGGGCGGCGGGUGGCCGGGUGCGGGCGGAGGUCUUGGGUGGGGCGGGUUCACCGUGGCUCCCCACCCUCUUUUGGGUAGCAUGGCGGCGCCAGGGCCAGAUGCCCAGGGCGGCGCGGGGGCCGACACCCCCGGGAAGGAUAUGGCUGCCCUUCAUAAUCUACAGUCCAUGGAUUGGCUCUUCAAAAAGGAGAGGAUCUUCCUCUUGGCCCAGUUCUGGCAACAGAGGGCGACGCUGGCGGAGAACGAAGUCCACACCCUGAAGGAGCAGCUGGAGAGCGUCAAAUGCCAAAAAGCUUUAAAGGAGAGCAACAACAACAACCACAGUAACAACAACAACAACAAUAAUAACAACAACAACAACAAUGACAUCAACAGCACCAAUUCCAAUAACAUCAACACAACCACAACCACAACCACCACCGCCAAUUCGGAGUCUGGCCACGAGGUUGUCGAAUCCUCUGAAACUUCUUCCUCAGAGAGGAACGAAAGAGCCACUCCCGUGGAGGAACUGAUUCAGUCCAAAGAGAAAGAGGUACGUGAAGCUUCUUCCUCCAUCUCAGUAUCAUCAUUAUCUACUGACGAAGUGUCGAAAUUAGUCGAAGACAUCUCUAGGCUGCAGGCGGCUCUGUCGGGCGUGAAAGAAGCCACUGCAGCACAGGUCCAUGCCAUGGAAGAACAGUUAGAACAGAAGAACAGACUCAUCCAGCGCCUCGAGUCGAAACUGGAACAUUCCAGUCUGGAAGAAGCUAAAAGAGAUUUACAAAAUAUAAGAGAGGGUCGAAUGGGCCAUGAGAAUUUAGCGUUUCCUCCAAGAUCCUUGGAGAGUUUAUUAGUAGACAGAGCGAAAACCGAACAUGAUCUCAAAAUACCCACUUCCGAGUUCGGUAAGCAGUUAUACGAUGUAUAUGGUCCUCUUCCCCCUAUGGGCCACGGUCAUCUCCACCCUCCGCUGAGGCCCCACCUCCCCCCACCGCUUGCGCCUCCACCUAUGGCGUCUCCCCUCCAGCCCUUGGCACCUCAUCCCCCGCCAGGUACUCCCCUUCAUCACCUUCUUGGGGAGGAAUGGCGACGGUCACUCGAGAGAACAGUAGUGGAUCGGCAUCAUCUUACCUCAGGUCAAAUCUCCCCCGACAGCGGAGGAGGCCCAGUGGAGAGAUCGGACUCGAGAGAUUCCCCUCUUGGAGACGUGAACAUGAAAAGUCCUUCUUCGUUGGCUAAUGGAUUCCCCCACGAAAACAAAAGUCCUUUCCAGACCCGCGAUGACCGCUCGCCCUUCAAGGAUGACCUCCCACCCAUGGCCUUCAAAUUCGAGGACCGCAUCACAGGAGAAUCACUCAUACCAAAAGGCGAUCCCAUGGAAGCCAGAUUGCAAGAGAUUUUAAGGUUUAACAUGGAGAAGUUCUGCCAGCAGAGCCUCGACACAUUAACUCUAGCUCGGAGAGUCCGGGAACUUUUAUCCAUUCAUAACAUCGGCCAAAGACUCUUUGCUAAAUAUAUACUUGGUCUGUCACAGGGCACCGUCUCCGAACUCCUCUCGAAGCCUAAGUCGUGGGACAAACUGACGGAGAAGGGUCGUGACUCUUAUCGCAAAAUGCACGCUUGGGCCACCGACGACAACGCUGUCUUCCUCCUCAAAUCUCUCAUUCCCAAAAAAGCUUGCCGUAGGAAACCCGAAUCUUGCCAGAUGCCAAAUGGUCUUUUGACAGGAUCCCACAAGGACUCCGUCGGGGGAUUUCGAGGUCCUGACGACACCGUCACCGAGGAAAGAAUACAACACAUCCUCAGCGAGGCUUCCAGGGCCAUGACGUCCUCCUCCAUUUCCAGUCAACAGGGUCAGCAGGACCAGGACACAAGGAGUACAGAUUCCAAGUCUCCUGCAAGUUCAACACAUUCACCCAGCAGCCCCCUCUCCCGCGAUGGUCGACCGAGAGGUCUCCGCAAGUUCGACAACGACGACAUUCCCCAAGAAAAAGUCGCCAGAAUCUACCAAGAGGAACUUGUCAAAUUAAUGUCUCGACCCCACGAACCACCUCUCCCCCUCCCGAGAGACCCCCAGUAUCCUGGGAUUCUGUUCCCCUUCCUGGGACAGUCCUUACUCUUCAACAGAUCUCCGGAGGAUGUCAAGCUCGCCCUUGACGCUUACCACCAGGAGUUGAGUAAGCUCCAAGGGGCAGCAGCAACCGGAAUGGGUCUUGGCGCUACCGGUCUAGGAAUGGGCGGAGCUGGCGGUCUUGGCGUAGGAAUAGGAGGUUCACUAGGUAUGGGCGUAGGUUUAGGGGCAGGUGGUCUCCACAAUGGCGCCCAGGACCUGUCACUACCCAAGAGAGAAUCCAGAGGCGGCGAGGACGACGACGAAAGCCGAAAUCCCAGCGUCACAUCACCUUUCGGACCCACAAGAUCAAAAGCGGAGACCAGUCUUAGCACGGCUACGCCUUUAAGCAACCUCGUAACCCCGAUCACUUCCAUCGCAGCCAGCUCCGGGGAUGACCUCAGCGUGUCGGCCUCACCCCUCCAGAGGAUGGCCUCCAUCACAAACUCCCUCAUCACGGGGCCCCAGAUCUCAUCGUCACAGCCGAUGUCUCAGAAGCCCCUCAAGGCCAUCUUACCGCCCAUCACGCAGCAGCAGUUCGACCAAUACAGCAACAUGAACACUGAAGAAAUCGUCAAGAAGGUUAAAGAGCAACUCAGUCAGUACAGUAUCUCCCAAAGGUUGUUUGGCGAAUCGGUCCUAGGCCUGUCUCAAGGCUCUGUCUCGGACCUCCUUGCUCGACCCAAACCAUGGCAUAUGUUGACACAAAAGGGCCGAGAACCGUUUAUUCGAAUGAAAAUGUUUCUGGAAGACGAUAAUGCCGUGCACAAGCUGGUGGCAUCGCAGUACAAGAUCGCCCCCGAAAAACUUAUGCGCACCGGAGGAUAUACGGCUCCCCCUCUGUAUUUAGUCGGUGGGUGUCCACUCCCCGGGGGGCCAUCCGGUCCCCCUGGGGCCCAAUUCCCUGGGGGGUUGUCCACUUCUGGCUCAACUACUUUUCCAUCAUAUACAAAGGGUACGAACAAGCCCCUUCUGAAGCUUCCGGCAGACAUCCCCAAGAGCAUGGAGUCCCCACUUCCUCCGGUGAUCCCACCGUCUUUAGGCAGCCUCCCUCUUCCUUCACACCCGGUCUCCUUCGACACCAGGAUGCCGAUCUUGGACCCACUGAGGAAGACUACCCUGGGAGGAGUCCGUGCACCAGGACCUGUGGCGCCAUCAGUUUAUGAAAUGGCUGCUCUUACCCAGGACUUGGACACCCAGGUUAUCACAACAAAGAUUAAGGAGGCCCUCUUAGCCAACAAUAUAGGCCAAAAGCUGUUUGGUGAAGCAGUUCUAGGAUUAUCACAGGGCUCAGUAUCUGAGCUGUUAAGUAAACCAAAACCUUGGCACAUGCUCAGUAUCAAAGGUAGAGAACCAUUCAUCCGUAUGCAGCUAUGGCUGAAUGAUCCAAGAAAUCUAGAAAAACUCCAGAUGCUUAAAAAUGAGCGACGAGAAGCCAACAAGCGACGGCGAGCUCUUGAUCCUUCUGCUGAUGUCUCACAGGACUCACAAGAUGUGUUUCAGGCCCCUUCACCUGGUGGCUCAUCAAAGAAACAACGUGUCCUUUUUUCAGAAGAACAAAAAGAGGCCCUAAGAUUGGCAUUUGCUUUGGACCCAUAUCCUAAUUUGGCUACCAUUGAAUUCCUGGCACAGGAAUUACAGCUGUCAACCCGCACAAUCACAAACUGGUUCCAUAAUCAUCGUAUGCGACUCAAGCAAUACCCAGGAAGUCCUGGUGAUGGCACCUCUCCUUCUCGUGAUCCUUCACAGUCACCUGGCCAGUCUCAGGGUCAGUCUUUCGACCCUCUCCAGUUCCGCUUGUUACUCUCCCAGAGGUUGCUGGAGUUAAGGAAGGAAAAAGGACUCCCACCCACACUACCUGGUCUUGGUCCUGGUUUGCACCCGGGGCUUUUUCCGCACUUUCCACCUUUAGGGACACCAGGUCUGGGUGGACAACACAUUGACAGAGACUUAAGUGUUGCUGGCCUUGACUUGUCCAUGAAAGGUGAUAAUGAUUAUGAUGAUGGAUCACUUGAUGAAGAUUCCAAUAUGUCAGGUGCCAUGAGUCCAAGUGGAGGUGGCCGCUCUGAAGGUGAAGGUGAUGAUAGGGAUGGACGAGGGGCCCCUUCUCCUGUAGCAAGAUCUUCCCGAAGAAAGCCUGCAGCUCCUCAGUGGGUUAAUCCAUCAUGGGCAUCGGGUGAAUGUGGUAAAGAUCGUGAAAUGAUUAUAAAUGGGGUAUGUGUCAUGCAAACAGAUGACUAUAGGUUGGAUGAACAACAAGAAACGGUACGUAUUGAACCCACUCCAGUGGAUGAAGCACGUGCACAUUCAGUCAAAGAAGAGGAUGAUGAGGAAGAUGGAGAUGACGAUCAACAGCCAGCCUCCUCUCAGCCAUCUUCCUCACACCCAGAUAGUGUAAAACCUGAACCUGUCAGUACCUUGCAAGAUGACGACGAAUCAUCUGCAUUGCAAGAGGUUCCAACGCCUAGCAGGGAAACUGUAAAUGAAGAAAGUGAUGUGAAGGAAGAAGAGGAGGCGUGAUGCUAGCACUCGCCUAAAAUGACGCUUUUGGAUUCCAGAGUUUAUCCCGUUAAUCUUAGCGUAUUGUUGUUCGUGCAUUAUACCAAAUGUUUCGUCCUGUCAGCAAGUAAUGAGCUUCGCUAAGUUGGAUGAUGAUAUGAUGAUGAUGAUGAUGAUAGAGGCAUUGUGUCACCAGAAGGCCUCUCGGUGGAAUCUCUUAGGCACAUUGUGGGCCUAUAAAAUCACAAUUAGACUUUCAAGUCAUAAGUCCUACAAAAUGUCAACCUCUGUUAUUUUAUUAUGAAAUGUUCGUGUGUUUUACUUGUUAACUUGUCUAAAGUUUUGUAUAUACUGUAUUUCCCAAGUUUUUUGAUCAAGCUCCCCUUAGGAUAGGUGACUUCAGGUAUUUAGAAUGCCAUAAUGUUGAACUGUUCUCUGCUUAUUGCCAGUGUUGACAGAGGUUGAUCCUUUGGCCUCUGUGCAGUGUUCCAUGGGCAGAGAACAAGCAAGACCCACUAGUGUAAGGUGGUUGUCUAAGAAGUCGAGUGUUCGAACCAGUGAAAUGGUCGAACUUAUAACAACCCUGUGACAUAACAUUGAUGAUAUUCCGGUGAUCCCUUCAUUGACCAAAUAGUACAGAUUAGAACCAAAUAGUAUACACCCCUCUUUCCCCAAGUGAGACUAGUAAGUAACCUUAAAGAAUGUUUAAAAUGCAAAUUCAAAACUGUGGCUAGGUUACUGAGAAGCCCAGCAAGCAUUACUUGAGACUGUUAGUUCUAGUCUUUUAUUUUCUCAACUAAUUUCACUUUUUCAUUAUUCAGAUAUUCGCAUUUGACAUCAUGUCCAUCUAGUCCAUGGAUAAGAGCAUCUUUGGUCAUCUCAAGUUUUUUAUGAUCUCCUGAAACUCCCUUGACGUGCAUUGGAACACAAUGAUAAAAAAAGUUAUAAGGAAAUAAUAUUGCAUAACUCGUUUCGGAGUGAAAAUGGUAAUUCGCGGGCGACUCUUGUGCAAACCCCGUUCUAAACCCAUGCAAGUCAUUCGGAGCAAGAAAAAAAAAACGAAUGUGUUUGCUUUGUUGAUAAGAAGAAGGCGAAGGAGAUGAACGGAUACACAGUUAACGAAUUACAAAGUUUCGCAUUAGGCGCUAUGCCUCUGCGGGCCCAGGGAGCCAACGGCUGUAAUUGGCUUGUGUAUGGGAAAAAGACACUUUGAUUAGUGCCCGGGGAAUGCCCAGGUGAUCCAAGUCGAAGGAAAUAGUAAAGGGGCAUUAGAAGUGAAUUACGCAGCGUUCUUCAAAGAAAAGGGAGAGGGGUAAAGACAAACAAUUACAGAACAAAAAAAAGUGCUUGUGUUGUUGAUUAUUGGAUUUUAAGAAUGGAAUAAAGAUGGCGGUGAAGAUUAAAGACGUGGAGAACUGUGCUAUAUUUUGGUGGUAUGUAACUUUUUUUAUACAUAUUCUUUUUCUAUUGUGUUAAGAAAAUUUACUUCCAUAAAGAUGUGUACUACUGAUCCUGCGGUUGAUUACCCAUCUUUCCCAGGCAAAAGGUCUUGGGAACGCCCCCUGGUAUGAGGUCGCUGAUGACAAUCAUCAACCAAGUAUUCAUUAAGUUAUAAGUUCAGUCAUUAAAACUGUGACAACUUGCAAUUACUUCGAGCGUACUUUCAAAGACGAUGCCGAUUUACUCUGGAGAAUAAUGAUAAUGUAACUGCGCAUUACAAAUAUCCAAUUUCAUUCUGGUGGAAUUAAAUACAAGGAGAGACCAUUCUAAAUGGACGUCAUUUUCCCCCCUCUCAUUUUUCCUCAGGAUUUUAUUCCUCCAUUUCACUGUUUAAUGGAAGUGCCAAAAAUGAGUCUUGCAGAUAAAAACAAUAUGUCGGGCUUGUAAAUUUGUGUACUCAUUUCUUUCGUUAAAUCUAUAAUAAUCUCUGUAGGUUCUUUACACGGAGUUAUGACAUUUUGAUCACUAGGCCGCAUAAGGAUUUUAGAAAAAGUAGCUGCAUCAAAGCCACCCGUUUCCGUGGACGGUAAAAGUAAGCUAUUCAUUUUUAGUAUUUAACAAUUUCUUGUAAUGGGAAAACCUUAACUCUCUCUCUCUCUCUCUCUCUCUCUCUCUCUCUCUCUCUCUCUCUCUCUCUCUCUCUCUCUCUCUCUCUAAGGACGGCCUCUCAAACAUGGUGGGAGAAUGACAUUUCAGAAUUUAUUCUUUACAUGAAAAUGAUUUGUCCAAACACAUCCCUAACCAUUGUGUCGGGUAAUUGUAGAGCUGUUCCGGUGACCAUUCACGAGUUACCAGACAAUAAUAUUACGGGUUAAAAUGGAUCUUGAACGACUGGGUAAUGCAAUGGAAAUCAAAUGCUGUAGAAAAUGUAGUCCUUCCUCAAUAUAAUCAGUGAAAGAAAUCUCAAUAUGCUCAGUGAAAAGAAAUCUCGUUCCUGAAGUUGCGUCUGUUGAAGUUCAGUAAGCUCCCUUAGUUUACACCUGUCCAUAUGAGGGAUAAGACACGACGGGAAGAGAGUUAUUACCUUCACAUUAAUUAUGUGGUUAACUUUCUUUGAACUACAGAUAUGGAAGAAAGGCAUUCUCUCAAUAAUCCCAAUGGCUUUUAUUCUUUUCUCUCUCUCUCCUUUCGUCCAUCCUUCCAGGAAGUAAGAGAUUAGACAAAAGAUUCAAUGGAUGGAAUUCGAUACAAAGAAGGAGAAGCAUAAAAGAAUCAAAGGUCAUCGUAGUAAGCUAUUUGCCUCACAUAAUAUGUCUGUUAAAUUAAUACAUUGGUAUCUAUCCGAAUUCAAGGGUAUAGGAUUACUUUUUUUAGCCCUAUAUGUCUAGCGCAUGCGAACUUACCAUAAUCAGAAAACGAAAACAAAAUUUUGUUUACAAAUAUAACUGCGUAGUCAAUCAACAGGAAUUUUAUUUAUAACUGAAUUCGCAGUUUUCGAGACACUGACGAAAUUAAAAUUUCUUGCCGACGGCAAACAAAGAACUUUCGAUUUUAUGCCGUAGAGAAAAAUGCCACUUAUCAGAGUAUCGUAUUCAUAGUCAUGCAAACCAACCCGAUUACCCCUUUGCACAUCGGCAAAGCUGCAAGAAAGCCCAGAAAAUCUUUGGAAAAUUUUGAGGAAUUUUUUGCCUUUUAAAAAGCAGAUAGAAUAUCACCCCUUCCCCUCUCUUAUGGGGUCACCCGUCCUUGAUGAGGCCCGUCGCAUAGAUAAGGUCGGCUGAGAAAGGAUUCCAAUUUGCUUGGCUGCCUCCAUCCCAUAUUUAUGGAUGCGGAAUCAAGCCUACGUUAAGUGAUUUAUGUUUUCCAUUUGUGGUGGAAAUGGGAGAUAUGGUGAUUGACGGCAUCUCUCUAUCCAUCCCUGUGUCAUAAUGAGACGUUAGAUGGAUUUCUCAGCCCCUACUCCCCUUCCCCCUACCCCCAUCUCUCUCUCUCUCUCUCUCUCUCUCUCUCUCUCUCGUGUGGUUUACCCAAUGAGACAGAGUGAUUUAAAAACCUUCAACAAGCGUUGCAUCAGUGAUGAACGAAACUGAAUACUAUCUCGGGGGGAUUUUGCGCGGAACGCUACACGUCUUUUUGUUAUAAAUUCUUGUUAACGAUUGGGAAAAUACAUUUAUGCGUUGUUAUCUCAUAUUGUUAUAAUUUAAAUGAUACCAAAAUACAGGACAGUUCUCCUAUGUUUUGUGUUAAUAGUAGGACGAAUAAAAAUCUCUAUUAUUAGGUUGUUAUUUACAGAGGGCGGCUUUCUUUUCACCAGUGUGUGUUUGUCGUAAGCAGGGAAUGAAACCGGUGGAUAGUUAUAGUAAAGAACGUGUAAAGACGACGUCAGAGUGACUGUCUGUUUUUUUUUUUUAUUUCAACGAAGAUGACAGACGCCACAACUUUUUUUUUUACAUUAGAAAAUUUUCAUGUUUCCUCUGAUGUAUAUUAUUCAUUGCAUUUUCUUCGUUUGUUACUUAUCCUUGCAUUAAACGUGUUGCUAGGUAAUACAUUUGACAAGUAUAUCUUGCCCGCUUAGGAGAUAAGAUUAUAUCAGAUGGGGAGAUUUGUGUCACAUUCUAGAUCCACGAAAGGUGCUGAAAGGAUGCAAUCGAGAUAACUCCUCACUAUGCCUUUGUGUACACAGGCGAUCACACUAUCUCUUGAGAUGCGCGCGCAAAUGCAGGCUUUUAUAACAGAACGAUGGAAAGCUCAAAUUGGAGUUGGAGUUACGAAUACGAAGUCGAGCUUAAAACCAAAAACGUGUCCAGAUAAUGUCCGACCGGUGAAGUGUCAUUAUAGUGAUAAUUAUUUACUAAUGUUAAGAGUUAAGUUUCAUAUCAAAAUUAGAUUUUUCCAUUGGUUUAAUAUAAGACAUUGAUUUAAAAGGAGGGAUUAAUAAGUUAAAACAUAACGUCAUUAAAGCGAUGCCAGUAUGUGAGUGAGAAACAAUAUUCACAUUCUAAUAUUCUUCCUGUGGAAAACGGACGAACAUGAAAGGGAACUGUUCUAGCGAGAUCCCUUCCCAUCCCAUCCCGACCCAGUGCCAGGAAGCAAGCAUAAUCAUUCUGCGUUGGUGAAGAUGGAUGCAAUUAAUCCCUUUAUGCUCACUCCCGGGCUUGUGUAAUAUGUGUUUGUGUGCAAGGAGAUCGGACAAGGUCGAAUCUUUAGAGCGCCUGCAGGUAAGGCUCGUCGCAAGAUUCAACAAGAUGGUUGUUGCAUUUUGCAACCGGCAGCAAGUUGCAUCAGUUGAGCGAAAUUGGGAACAUCUAUUUACGGGUGACAGUCUUUUGGACGAUAACUGUAAUUAAAAUGAGCGAAAACAGUUUGCGAACGAUGAGUCCAGGGCCUGGUUUUAUCGAGAAUCGACUAGGAUGGAAAAAUCCUCUCACACGCUACUCGUCAACUCGACGACACAAAAGAUAGAUAGAUCGGUUAUUUUAAAAGAUGUCAAGUCAGUUCAUUUCCCAACAGUAAAAGAACAGAUGACAAUAUCAAGUUUUAACUCCGAACUUAAAAACGACAAUCAAUCGCUCACUUUCGCCUUUGCAUUAUCGACUUUCUCCCUCUCUUUGACUGGACCGCGCGAUAUUCAUCCAUGAUAAACAGAUUAAGCACAUCCAUCGACCAGCGAUUGUGAAAAGAAAUACUUGGGUCCCUUUUUAUUCGCAAAAUAAAGUGACCGAUAAAUUUCGUCGACGAUGUAUUAUAAGUCUCGUAAAGUUCAUUUGUCAUCAAGGUUACAUGCGAAUUUGAACUUUACUGAUUUUCAUCAACUAAUAUGGAAAAGACUCGAGAGUUUCUCUCUCUCUCUCUCUCUCUCUCUCUCUCUCUCUCUCUCUCUCUCUCUCUCUCUUCUGCCUUUUGUCUUAAUUCUAUGUUUUUCUAAAAAAGAAAAAAAAAAGACUUUAGUAGCCUGGCAUAGACGAAGAAAUUUUCAAUUAUGAAUUAGAUUCUAUCGUGUUUUUAUUAUUCACCUCUCUAAAUAUUAAGGGAACUUUGUAAAUAGAGUUCAGGCUAUUAAUGAAUAUAGCUUGUCAAGUAUCAGGUUUAUUAUUAAUGAUAAUUACUAUCCAAGUACUGUUAUUUCUCGCAGUCUUUGUUAAGGAUUUUACAUAUGCCGAUAACAAUAUUGUUUGUAAUUCAUUACUGAUAUGUUUGUCAUUCAUUGAUUGUGUGGUUUUCGUGCCUUCCUUCGUUUGUUUCUUUGUUUGUUAAUUUGUUAGGUCGUUUGCAUCAUCACCCUCCCAGAUAUAUAAUAUACAUUCGUCGCGUGGCUGUCGUUUUUGACACAGAAAUUCUAAGGAAAGUCAAAAUGGAGUAAUUCAGAGAAAAGGGAGAAGAAGUCCUCCUCGAAAGUUGAUCUGUCUGUCUGUCUGUCUGUCAACAUACUUCUGAGUUGUGUUACAAUUAGAUGAAGUGAAUAUAUUUGUUUUUUGCUAGAAACCUCUACUGUAGUAGUCUCCUCGUAGACAAUGUUUCAUUCCAGUAUAAUUCCAAAAAAAUAAAAAACCUCGUAUGCUAAAAUAGUGAAUGAAAAAAAUGUGUGUUCAACUAUAAACAAAGCCUUAGAUGUGUGUCAAUAAGAGCGCUUUUUCUAUUCACGGAACGUGAAAAGAUGGUCUUUAUUGAAUAGUUGUCGGAGGUUUCAAACAUGAAGCGUUGAAAGCACAUUGUAAUCAUUAUCGAAGGAUCUCCCAGUGUUUGUUCGCGUGCGCACGCGCGCUGUGCAGUUGUUGAUCUUGACCCUACGGGGAUCACGCCUGGAUGCGGUGGUCUCCGCGUCUUGUGAUGUUCAUCUCAAAGUUCUUAUCAUUAUUCAAUAGGUAGCAUCUCCCUUGCCCGCCCAACCACCCCCAUGCCCACCAACUAUAGACUUUUAUUAUUAUGAUUAUUAUACUCUAUUUCCUGUUGACAUUAUCGCGUGAUUGUUACUUUUACCAUAAUUAUUCAUUUUCUCCCUCGUCUGGUCGAGAAGUAAAAUGAGUUUUUUAAAAAAGCGGAGCCAUAUUGUAAAUCCCUUGAUUCAAAGAAAAGUUAGGCCAACAGGUGAAAGCGUGACUUCUUUUGCCUGCGCGCCACGAUCUGUUCACGACCUUCAGGAACAGCUUUUGAAUGACGACGACCCGUUCAUGUUCCCAGCGAACAUUGGAAGGAAAAUCUCCAUCUUGUAAAUAUAUAAAUAAUAAUAAUAAUAUUAUCCGUUCAGACUUGUUCGAACGAGAGAUCCUGUUGUGUAAAGUGUUAAGUCAUACUGGCUGGAGGAAUUGCUAUGAAAAUGAACCUUGGAGUAAAUAAGCAAAAAAAGUGAAAAUGAAAAUUAAAAAAAAAAAAAAAAGUGAAUUUCUGUGCAAGAUCGGCAUUCGCCAUUGUGGCCACUCCGGUCUCCCUCCCCCCCGCCCCCUCCAUCAACCCUUUAUGUCUCUUAGGGGGGAGUGACUCUGCAUCUUUUUAAGGUCCAUAGGGAAUAUAAUGAAAGAAAAUAAAUAAAGGAUCCGUUGUGCCAAUUGACAAAGUUUCUUCUUCUGUGUCAUCAAUAAGGGUCAGUAUGGCAUUUAUCUAUUGAGCAUUUUACGCCCUUACCUACUUAUAACUACAGUCACAGAUAGGUAGAGAACCCAUUUCUCUUUCCCUUCCCUCCAACAGCUCUCCCCCCCCCCCCCCCCCCCCCCCCCCCCCCCACAGAUAAAUAAAUUCCUCACCCAGAGUGCGAAAUACUGUAUAAGCUUCAUCACCCUCCCUCCCUCCCUCCCUACCUCCCUCCCUCCCUCCCAAAACCUUUUCUCCCUGUCUCCCUACUUUCAAAUGGUGGUGAAUGUAUUGGCUACCUAUGACCCCCAACCCUCCGCAAGGACGUUUUGCAUUGUAAGAUUUAAAUUAAGUUUAAUAUUAUUGUACAUAAGAUAUUCAUAUCAAUCUGUAUGUCUUUUGAGAUUUCUAAAUUAAAACUAUUUGUCUGUAUUUAUACAGAAUA